AUGGCUGGGGCGGGGGAGGCGGAGGCCUCUGCGCUGGCUUUUCGAGGUUUGAAGAGGAACUAUCGGUGCGUGCAGUCGCUGCAGCAGUUUUACAAUGGACGCCCCUACGCCGUAUCUUCCGACGGUUCCUUCCUAGCCUGCGCCUGCGACGACAAAGUGAAGCUGGUCAACGCAUGCAGCGCCUCAGUUCGGGCGGUGCUGGAGGGAGAUACGGAGGCGGUCACCGCCUUGGCCCUCAGCCCCGACGAUAAAUUUCUCUUCUCUGCCAGCCAUAGCCGGCUUAUCAGGGUCUGGGAUCUCUCGUCCUUCAAGUGCGUCCGCUCCUGGAAGGUAGCCCUUCGUCAGAGGUCUUUCUUUUCUUCCUAUGGUAGCGGAGUGAUUUCUUAGGCAUGGGCCGUAUAAAUGUCGCUAAUGUAUGUUGGUGGUUUUCAUAAGUAGUAAUGUAGAUAUCCUUCAUGCCUGCUUAAAUAAUAGACGUAUGUGUACUUUGUGCACGGUGAUGCCCAUGAAACUGAAGCCUAAGGGACGGGAUGGCUAUCCUGCCAUCGAUAAUUUGGGAGUUCCAUAAAGAUUCUAAUUGUUCACCAUGGCAACUUUCGAGCGGUUCCUUUGAAUGCCUCCCUGAAUCUUGAUAGAUGUAAUUCGUUUUCUUUUCUCAUUAACAAAAACAGAUAAAUACUCUUCCUUGUACAGUGCAUUAGUUUGACGUUGAGAUAUGCUCUAAUAAGCAUUGAUGUCGGUUUUCUCUAUUUACGACAGGGUCAUGAUGGGCCCGUGAUGGCCAUGGCGUGCCAUUCAUCUGGAGGCUUGUUAGCUACAGCGGGAGCUGAUAGAAAGGUCCUUGUUUGGGAUGUUGAUGGGGGAUACUGCACUCAUUUCUUUAAAGGUCAUGGAGGGGUCGUUACUAGCAUUAUGUUUCAUCCAGAUCCGAGUUGUCUGCUUGUAAGUGGUUUCUGAAAGCUAUGCAUGUCUUGUUAUCGAUUACUGAUUGUACAUACAGUCCCUAAAAGAACGGCAAUGGUGCCCUUAGUAUAAUUUUUCAUCUUUUCCACUCGUACAGGUGCUUAGUAUGACUGAUAUUUUGUAUGUGCCGCUAUGCAAGAUUUGCGACGUUUCUCAGUAUUUCAGCUUAGAAUAUAUUGUACCAAUGUUCCUUGACUAAUAUUUCUGUAAAUUACUGGAAUUUAAAAUUUCAAUAUUACAGAAUGCAUAGAUGCAUUUUUUUUUCUGGUUCUCUGAGGUAAUUAGGUAUGUUUAACAGAAAACUAGGGAAAUGGGAUAUCUUGACUGAUGUUCCUUUUUCUUGCACUAGUAUUUUGAACUGAAUUCGAACUGGAAGAAGUAAAUUUAAGAGCAUCCUGGGAUACAAAAAAUUUCAGGACAGUUUUUCUCCUUUUAAGCAGUGUUUUUAGCAUGUUUUCUUAUACUCGUGAAGGAUCGGCAGGUAGUGUUUGGGAUGUUACUACAUGGGAGAGGGUACGUUUCCCAAAGGAUAUCACUGACAGUAUAUUUCAUAUUGGAACUUUUUGUCCCAGUUUCUUUAUUUUCAAUUAUGAAUUCUGCCAUAUGUUAGGAUAUGUUGAGUGCCGGAGAGCCUUCUGGUUUGAGAUUUUAUAUGUCGAAGUUGUCAUCCAGAAAGAUACAGGACAUGAAAGGGGCAAUCAAAAGGAGGAAUAUGUAAAAGUAAUGCUCUUUUACAACGGGCAUGCAAUUUUUGCGUUCCAAAGACUUGUUGAUAGCCUUUGCUGGUGCAUUCUAUGGACUCAGAAAUCACAUAAAUAUUUUCUGAUUCAUAUUUUGGGCCAAGGGAUGCCCUUAUGGUAAAUUGAAAUCAUUUCCUCUUAACCUAAGCAUUAGGGAAAUUCUGCCCUCCCAGAAUUUUGGUUCAUAAAAAAAACCUCCACGUUGGCACCAGUUGGAAAGAGAUUACGCAAUUCUAGAGGUUUUGACGGUUUUUUCGUCCCAUCUGAUGAGAUAUCAUGCUGAAAGGUUCGUUUCCACAAGGACUCGUGCUAUCCGAUUAAGAAUAUUGAACCUCUUCACAUGCAGUUUACUAAUGUUCGGAAAGGGCAGUGGGGGAAAAAAAGAAAUGAGAUCAAACCAGCAGUCUUACCCAAUUCUGAUCUCCAUUGAUGUGGAAUGAGUCCUUACUCUUUUCAGGAGCAAGCACACAAAAAAGAGUGUAUAAAGUGUUUUCUUCUUCGUUUUAGUUGAUGCAUAAUCUCAAUGUUUAUUUUGGGUGAGGGCUCUGGGUUAAGGGGAAGGAAAAAAUGGGAAAGGGCUGAUGAGCAAGAGAAAAGGGAAACCCUCCUGCACUUCUGUGCCUCGUUGGUUCUCUGAUUUAGCUGUGAUGUGGCGGCUUCUGCUGCUUCUCCAGUUAUUUUAUUGUCACACUCCUUUCCCUUCAAUUUUUUGUUUCAAGCGGUCCAGUGUGGCUUUCUGGAUUCCCUGGUAAUGAAUUUUAGUCAUCACUGCCACUUUUAUGGAUUGCCAGUGAUCCAUUUUGCACACGUUUUGGAGAGGUACGUUGUGCUAUAUUCUGUGUCUUCCUUUUUGUCUCUUAUUGGUGAUAUAGUGUCCCUCUUAAAUAGCUUCUGUCUAUUCUCUUUCCGAAAAAAUAUCGGGCUCUUUUUAUCCUUGAGAAAGUGCCUUUUGGUUUUUUUGUGGAAGAAAUAGGGAAUCGUCGUCAUGUUAUGGCUUUGACUCUAUGUUUUCUUUUCUACCAUAAACAUUUACUGAAGAACACUCACCACAGCAUGGGUCUGAGUGCGUUACAAGCAUUAUUUGAUUUAUUGUGCUGUAUAAAAGUUUAAACUUUGAUUCCAGUUGUCUUUCACGCAUGUUAAAACUUUCAAGUUUUCUUGAUGACUCUCUCUUUCCAUUUUUUUCCCCCUACUAGUUGAAGUUUAUUAUCAUUACAAUGAUGGUUUUCUAUUGUCCCAGGUUUUCUCAGGAAGUGAUGAUGCAACUGUCCGUGUUUGGAACCUGAAAACUAAAAAAUGUGUUGCUGUGCUAGAGAAACACUUCUCAACUGUGACCUCCUUGGCAUUAUCAGAGAGUGAUCAAAUCUUGCUCAGUGGUGGCCGAGAUAAGGCAUGGCUGUCAUUUAAUACCAUUUUGAGCUCAUCAACAUUACAGUUGCUUCAUUUAUACUUUUAUGAACUGGAACAUUGCCUCUGAGAAAUGUUUUCUUUGCUUGUGUAUUCUUUUCACUGGUAAUUGGUUUUAGGCAAAUUCUUGUUACAACUUUUUUUUUCGAGCAUGAGUCUUGCUCCUGAGUUGUCUUCUGGGUCUACUAGUUGGUCUUACGGAUGAACGAUUAAUCUUAUUUUCCUGCUCCCAAUCAACUACAACUCUUUUUCCUCUGUUUCUUGGGAAGAAAUAAUGAAAUGAAUACAUUGAUGUCCCAUGUUUUGUUAGAAUAAGGAACAAGCCAUGUAUCCUAUUAAUAUCCUGUGAAUUUUCCCACAAUCUUAUAUCUUCCCAGAAUUUCCUUGGUUCUUAGUUAACUAUGCUUAUUCAUUGGCUAAAUGUUUAUGGUUAUGUAUAUCAGGUUGUGAACUUGUGGGAUUUGCGUGAUUAUAGUUUUAAGAAGACAGUGCCAACAUACGAGACGAUUGAAGACGUCAGGGUUAUAUACCCUGGAACUCGUUUAGCCUCUUAUAUUCAAACAUUUGAAUCUACAAGAAAAAUGCGAAAAGAUGGCAGUCCAGUGUCGAUUUGGUUCUUAACGGUUGGCGAACAGGGCAUUGUUCGAAUCUGGAGUUCUGAAAGGUAUUUGGCUUGCAGUGUGUUUAUUGUUUUUUUAUUAAGUUUCAUCUACUCAGCAUGACCAAAUAGUUUUCUUUUGGCAACGUUUUCUACCUCAACAGCACUCUAUGCUUGUAUGAGCAGCAAUCUUCGGAUACCACCCUGGUCUCAGAAGAUAACUCGAGGAGGGGGUUUAUAUCGGCUGUUGUACUACCUCUAGAUCAAGGAUUACUUUGUGUCACUUCUGAUCAGCAGUUUCUUUUCUACAACUUUGAUCAAGCUCCUAAAAAGGAAUUACAGCUCAAUUUAUACAAGCGUCUUGUUGGUUAUAAUGAGGAGAUUAUUGAUUUGAAGUUUGUUGGUGAAGAUGAACAGCUUCUUGCUGUGGCAACAAACUUGGAAGAGGUGAUUUUCUGAAUGGAUUAUUUGUCUUCUCUUCAUCUAUCUUGCUGGGAAUUCACUUCUUUUUAAUAACAGUACUCUGAUUUGGUGCUAGUUCUUUCGUGCUGUACUUUUGUGAGCCUCACUUUUGGUACAUCACUUGUUUGAGAAUCGUAGCUAGUAAUUAUCCUUCUUCCCCUUGUGUCCCGUGUUAGCUAUUUGUCCGAUUCUAUUUUCUUGCAUCUGCAUUUUUUUUGUCCAAAUUUCUGUUCUUUAAGUUUCGAUAUCUUAUCGGAGAGAUGAUUGUGUAUGCAGGUGAGGGUUUACGAUGUUGGGACAAUGUCAUGUUCGUAUGUCUUGGUGGGUCAUACAGAUAUUGUGCUUUGUCUUGACACAUGUGUUCUGAACACUGGCAAGGCAUACAUCGUGACUGGGAGCAAGGACAACAGUGUGAGUCAAUAUUUUCUUCACAGUGGAUACAUUUAGUUUUCAAGAUGGCUUGCAUUUUUCUUGCUUGGACAUCAUCAAAAUUCUAUCAGCGGUCUUUGUCUCUCGCUUUUAAUUUUUUAAUCUUUCUUUGGGGGUUUUUUCUUACAACGUCAGGCAUUCUUAAUUGAUGCUAUUUUGGUUUUAGGUCAGAUUGUGGAAUGCUGCUUCCAAACGUUGUGUGGGAGUUGCUAGUGGUCAUAUGGGGGCUGUUGGAGCUGUUGCAUUUUCAAAAAAACACAGAAAUUUUUUUGUCAGUGGAAGUAGGUAAGGUUAAUUUAAUUUCUGAAUGCUGUCAAUUCAUGUGAAAUCAGUUUUUAUAAAUGAAAAAUAAGGUUACUUAUUGUGUAUAUUCAUUCUGUUGUGUUCUUAGUGAUUUUUGGCUCAAUUGUUUUGGGUAUCCUUGAAGAUGAAUAGGCUAUCUUUUCCAGUGAUCGAGCUAUACGCCAGUUGAGGCCCAAGUGGUCCGUUAUUCCGCCCACUUGAUUGAUCCUGCAUCAUCUUUUUAGCCUAUUUCCUUCCGUAGUUCCUUCAUUCUUUUUUCCUCUCUUGUUUCUCUUUCUUUCUUUUUUAAUACGAUUAUUUUGUCUUUCAACUCACAUGUAUGAAAUCAGUGGGAUGAGGAAAACUCCGGUUUAUUUUCAGAGUGAAUAGAAAUUCAUUUGGUUCAUUCGUCAUUAUGUAUUUUACAGAUGGGUGCUGGUGACUGUUGUCCUUUUGCUUUAUUUUUUUUGUCGUUUUCACUCCCUAUCAUUUUUAAUCUGAUUAACACGGUUUGUGGCCUUUUGCACGUUUUGCUAUUGGCUUGCUCAUUGAUAUGUAGUUGCUUUUGUAUUUUGAAAACAACGAAAGAGAUUUUAAUGCUUUAGGAUCUGUUGUCCAUUAUUGCCAACAAAAGAGAUCUUCUGUGAACUUACUAACGUAUUUAUUUCUCUUUUGCCUUUUCUUUGUUACUAGUGACCGUACUAUCAAAGUCUGGGGCUUGGAUAGUCUCUCAGAAAGUCUUAAUCAGGAGACUAAGCUGAAAGCAAAAGCCAUUGUUGCUGGACAUGACAAGGACAUCAAUUGCCUUGCUGUUUCACCAAAUGAUGCUCUUGUUUGCAGUGGUUCUCAGGUUUGGAUAUGGAUCUUAUUGAUAUUUUAUUUUGAUAAUUUCUGAGGAGGAUCUCGAUUUUUUUUGAACUGUGGAUUCAAUUCUCAGGACCGAAAUGCUUGUGUGUGGAGGCUUCCAGAUCUGGUGUCGGUUGCUGUACUGAAAGGACACAAGAGGGGAAUUUGGUCUGUCGAGUUUUCUCCGGUAGACCAAUGUGUGCUAACAGCCUCUGGUGAUAAGACCAUUAAAUAUUGGCUUAUAUCUGACGGAACAUGCUUAAGAACAUUUGAAGGCCACACUGCUGGUGUGUUGCGAGCUUCUUUUGUUACCAGGGGGAUGCAGCUUGUUUCAUGCGGUAACUGACCAUCUUUUCUUGCAGCAGAUUUCUUUUUUUUUCUCCUUGUGGUACUUUGAAAACUCUAAUUGCCUGUGGUUCAGGUGCUGAUGGGUUGCUCAAGCUUUGGACUGUGAAAACCAGUGAGUGCGUUGCUACUUAUGACCAACAUGAAUCCAAGGUUGUGUAUGGCAUUUUUAAAUAAAUGUUCUCUGGUUCUAAUCGAUUAUCUUGCCUGUUAAGAUUUAAGGACGAAGUUCUAUUUUUCUUUUUCGUUCUUUCUCGCACUAGAAAUUUGGUUGUAUCCAAGAAACUAUAUUUUCUCAUCUGCUGGGACAUCUGUGAGAUGAAAGUCUCCGAAAUUUUAUGCUUCUGGGUUAAUAUCUUUUUCUGCCCAGUUCUUCGGCUACCUAUAGCCAGAUAAGCUGACUUUUGGGUUACUAAUUUGGUUCUAAGACGAAAACCGUCUUGAGUUCAUCACUGGUAUCAGACAUGGAUGUCCAUGAUGUGGACAUGGAAGAUAUAGAACUUGUUCGAGGAGCACCAUGAUUUCUUCUUGAAAUAACGGUACUCUAAUUGAGUAACUGAUGUUUGUUGUCACCUGUGGAAUUUCUCGUAUACUUCUCUGUUUCUUCUAAUCCCAUCAUGCAACACAAGGUCCACUCACUAGCUGCUUGAUAAAUCUCAGCAUGAACCAACAGAUUAGGGCCUAUGUGGGAGUCUCAUGUGUAGAUGCAUUGUCAUAUACAUGCAAUAAUCGAAGAUGACAAUGUUAGGGUCAAUGCCUCUGAAGUGUAAAGGUUGUCGAUUAGAAAGUUCCUGCCCUUUGUGUUCUAUAUAUAUUGUAGCCCUUUUUCUUCUCCCCUUUUUCUCUCUUGUGAUCGCCAGUUCAUUUUUCAGGUUUGGGCAUUAGCUGUUGGUAAGAAGACAGAAAGACUUGCCACUGGUGGUGGUGACGCGGUUAUAAAUUUGUGGGAGGACUCUACUGCUGCAGAUAAAGAGGAAGAUUUGCGUAAAACAGUAGGUUCUCUUGGCCAGUUCACUGCUCAAAGUACCUAGUUUUCCUCAUCUACAGAUUUUAUUUCUGUUUUUAGAUAGUUUUCCUCAGGUUCUCAUCGCUUUCAGACACCGAUGUCUUCUUCUCCCUAGUGGAUUUGAUCAUCUCUAACAAUGUCUCACCUGUUUGUCAUUGAAAACUUCAAGAACUUCUGUGUGUUGAACGUUAUGUUGUGUUGAAGAUCGAACAUAGUGAAGUCCUCAGAUCUAGGAUAGCUGGGAGGAAACCCUUGUGGUUUGGGUGGGGGGAAGAGCUGGGAAAGGAAAGAAAUCUACGGAGGAAGAAGAUACUAAGUUUCAUUGAUGAUGCCCUAACUUGGGUCUUCACUACCUUCUACGUGAGGAUCAUCAACAAGUUGGAAAACUUAAUCCAAAAUCUGCUAAAAUUAACUUGUUGACACUGUUUUUCUGCGGACUUUUUUCCUAUCUAAUUCUUCCCGGUGUUUUCACCUUAUUUUCCCAACAAAUUAAAUAAGAUGAAGAACAGUCGGUGUCAUUAUUCUGCACCCAUAUUUAUUUAUGGAUUAUUUAUGUGUCCGUGCAGGAGGAGGUCGCCUUGAAGAGUCAGGAGCUCGAGAAUGCUCUAUCGGAUAAAGACUACGUGAGAACGAUCCAGCUUGCUUUUGAGCUCCGUAUGCCUCACAAGCUGUUCCGAUUAUUUUCAGAACUCUGCAGGUGAUCGACGAAGUUCUUGAUGCCUCACACCCGCUGUUUUGCUAUUGGAUCACAUUGCUUCACAUUUCCUCUCAUGUUCUUCGCUGGGAAUUUCGAUCCACAGGGAGAGACUCGCCGACGAUCCGAUAGAGGAGGUCGUCCGGACCCUGGGGAAGGAAGAGCUCCGCCUGCUACUUGAAUUCGUUCGAGAAUGGAACACGAGAUCCCAGAGCUGCCAUGUUGCCCAGUUUGUGCUCUUCCGGAUCUUCAGAGUCUUCCCCCCUACUGAGAUUAUCCAGGUAAUAGCCAUUAAACCCACGCCUCAUACUGGGUUUUCAUGAAAAAGCCCUGCUUCAUGAUCAUCUCCUCUCUGACUCUCUCAGGUGAAGGGUGUGAGGGAGCUCCUGGAGGGUCUGAUCCCCUACUCGCAGAGGCACUUCAGCCGCAUCGACAGGCUCACGAGGAGCGCCUUCCUGCUGGACUACACGCUGGCCCGGAUGGCCGUCUUGGAGCCGGUGGCAGCAGCACCUUCUCCGCCGGAUGGCAGCCGAUUGCUUGCCGGGCCUGGCGGUGGGUGGCCGGGGAUUGGCGGGUCGGAGCUGGAGAUCGGCGGCGGUGGAGACGAAGCUGCAGAGGAGAAGCUCCACCUGAAGAAGAGGAAAUCCGGCAAGUCGAGGAGGGGUUCCGAGAAGAAGAUCAAGGAUGCCGUAGAGAGAGAUCUCUCUGCCAUCUCCGUGCAGGGCUGA